UGAGAAGGCUUUUGUCUUAGCAGGUUUGUUGGUGGGCAUUAAGCCCUCUGAGGGAUUAUCUCUCGUUCAUGAUGAAUUGAGCGUAAUUUAACCGGCUGUCCUUUUUGAAGUUCUGCAUUAAAAUCAGAUACAAUUUCGUACCCUAAUAUGGGUAUGCCAAUCCGGCCUGGACAUGAGUUGCGCUCACCCACAGCGGGAAAAGAAAUCGCCCGUUUUCGUAUCUAUGGAGACCUACUUUGUGUACGGAAAUAGUGAUACUACUCAAGCAGGUAAGCAGGCAACUUUGUGAAAAAUUAAUGCAUUUCGUCAGGUCGGUUUACUCGUUCAGAUGUCGUGUCCACCUAUUGCCUUGUUGCUAAAAAGUCUGGAGUGAUACAGACCAUCCCUGCAAUGGACAAGAGUCAACAGCCACUUCCCCUUUAUUUUAUGCUCUGUGGAUGAGCUGGCCAUAAAUAUAAUUUAAACUGCACUGCAGGUUGUCUUCAUGUAGCCUAAUUCAAUUUGCAGUUAUAGACACUCAAAUCCCAACACAUGUUCACUGUAGGGACUAUGGCACAGCCUGAAGGAAAUAUAGCCCUCUAGGAGGGGGAUGAUUUGAAACAUUCUAUACUGUUUCAUAAACACAGUAAUAAACAGCACUCUCACCUUAUGCAUGCAUAUGAAGAGGGCCUCACUCAUGUGCCAUAUGGCAGAACUAUUGCAGCUGCCAGCCAAUCUACUGUAGAAGUCAAAGAAGCAACAGUUGCAUGUCUCAGUCUUCUAUAUUUAUCAUAUUUGCUACGAUACAGACAUGUGUAAAAUGACUGCACUGUGCUGCCCUGGCUCCAUCCUGACCAAGUAUCAAAUUUCAACAUCAUACCAGUGCCGUGUGCUUUGCUUGACACCACAACUUUGCAGGGUGGUAGUAAUGACGCAGUGACCGACUAGACCAUUGGCCAUCAGUCUCUGACAGGAAUCACUGAGGGAGAGAAAACAGCAAGGACACGCUGUCUUGGAAAAAGCAGUGUGACUGCAGUAGGUAGCUUGUGUAAUGGCAAUUUAAGUUUGUAGUGGUUUUGAAUUAUUUUCCUGUUUAUAUUCAGCCUGUUGUCAUACAAUUACUCUAACUGUACAGUCAUUUCUUGCACACCUUUGCUAUGUGUGACAAACUGAUGGAAAGACUAAAAUGUCAUCUCCAAGAGUAGGUGGAGUGAAGUAAAAAGUAAAGGGAGAAGAAAGGAAGGGGAGGAAAUGUCACUCAGCCUGUAUGAGUGUCUGACGACAGUUGGGCUACAGCGUCACUAUGCCAGGUUUACCUCAGUGGGUGUUCAUCGUGCAGCACACCUUUCAGCGCUGACCAUAGAGGACUAUGCCGUCCUGGGAAUCCACUCUAUGGAGGACAGGACUCGACUCUUCCACCUGGUCCAAAUGGUCAAAAGUCUUGACCUUGAAUAUGAAGAUAGUAAUGAUGAUGAUUCUAAUGGUGGUGAUGCUGUAGGCUACACUGUAGCAGACAGUAGCUUUACUUAUGAUGGUUGUGGAGAUCCUGAUGAAGAUGUAUAUGAUGAUGAGGAUGAGAAGGGUGCUGCUGUGAGUAAACUAAAUGCAACAAGUUUUUCCAAACCAUCAUGUGUUCGCAGACGGCUUGAUUUCAGUUCUGAAACCAUUGAUCAUCAUCUGAAGCUAUCUUCUCGACCAAAAGGCACUGUUCAUGUCUACACAAGUCAUAAUAGAAAGAAUGUGCCAGGCCAGGGCAAAGGAUCAGCCAUACCUGUGCAGCUUGACACUGAAAGUGUUGUGGUAUGUGCCUGCAAAGAAAAGAACAACCACAGGCUGGAUGUCUAUAGUCAUCAAUCUGAUCAUCACACAGAAGCAAACACAAUGGGAGGAAAUGCCAUGUACAACUCUCACAUCAGAUUAUCACCAACAUGUGUGUCAUUUCACAAACCAAAACCCAGGCCUGCAACAGCAGCAUCAGAUAGGUUUAGCAGCAAACCAGUUGGGCAGAAAGAUAGUAACGGGGCUACUGAACACAAGGCUAAGCCAACGCCUGUUUAUGAAUCAAAGAGAACAGCUGGCUACAACUACGGACUACCACUGAGUUCCCCUCCUGCUCCAAACAAAAAGCGACCAGCGGGGCAGCGGAUCAGUGUGUGUGUGAGGAAAAGACCUCUGACACGCACAGAGUGCAGGGAAGGAGCGUCAGAUGUUGUGACAACUCCGGGUGGAGAGUGUGUGAUUGUCCAUGAAAACAAAGAGGCUGUGGAUCUCACACAGUACAUACUACAGCACAGGUUCUACUUUGACCAGGUGUUUGGGGAGGAUAGCUCCAAUGAAGAGGUGUAUCGAAGAACAGCAUAUCCUCUGGUGCAGCACAUGCUCAAUGGAGGCAAGGCCACCUGCUUUGCAUAUGGCCAGACAGGUGCAGGAAAGACUCACACCAUGUUGGGUUCUCCUGUCAGACCAGGGUUGUAUGCACUGGCAGUCCGGGACAUUUUUGCUCACCUCUCCUCCACACACAUGCGCUCACCCUUACUGGUGUAUGUCAGUUUCUUUGAAAUCUACUGUGGUCAGCUGUAUGACCUGUUGGACCACAGAGAAAGGUUGUUUGCCAGGGAAGAUGGACAGAAGGUGGUUCACAUUGUUGGGCUGCGUGAUGUCAGAGUGGAAUCAGUCAGCUCACUGUUGGAGGUGAUUUCACAGGGUGCAGAGGAGCGCACACAAGGGAUGAGUGGAGUGAAUUCACUCUCCUCUCGUUCCCAUGCCUUGCUUCAGAUUCAGCUAAGAGAUACAAACCAGCAGAUUGCUGGAAGAAUGUGGUUUGUGGACCUGGCAGGAAGUGAGAGGGCAUCAGAUACCAAAGAACCAGACAGGCAGAGUCGCAUGGAGGGAGCUGAGAUCAACCAGAGCCUGUUAGCUCUUAAAGAAUGUAUCCGGUCACUUGAUCAAGAGCAGUCGCACACACCUUUCAGACAAAGCAAACUUACCCAGGUUUUGAAAGACUCAUUUGUUGGUGACUCAAUGACAUGCAUGAUUGCCAACAUUUCACCUGGUCACUUUGCAACUGAACACACACUAAAUACACUGAGAUACGCCGACCGGGUAAAAGAGUUAAGGGGACAGGGAGGACUAAGAGGAGGAAGAAAGGGCAAGACAAUACCCUCCCCCAAACGUAACCUGUCCAACAGCAACAGCAGCAACAACAGCAGCAGGAGCAGCAGCAGCGGCAGAGGCAACAAUGUUGGCACCCGAGGGAAAAGUCCCCCUAAAAAGCCAAAGUUAGGAAGACAAAGAGAGGAUUUUGGCCCCACCAUGCCUUCCACGAGAUUGGCCAUGGGGGGCGCAAUUUUCUGCUCCACACCCAAAAACAGCAGACGGGGAGAGGAAACAAGUGCAAGAGCAAGAAAGGGGAUUGGACUUGAACACAUUACACCAGUCAGAGGUUUGCUGGGAAUGGGUGAUAAGAGGGAGAGGAGGGAGAGAGCAAAUGGCAGGGAAGGUAGAAGAAGAGAAAGGUAUGGAGUAACAGACAGUGUAGGCCACUCAGUUAGUGACCGAAACGCUGUGACAGGGCUGGUCUUGGGACAAACAACAGAUGAGCAGCUUCACUUGUGGAAGGUACAGAGGGAAUCUGGAUUCUACCACAGAGAAAAAGAGAACCAGCAAAGCACUUUAAAAGGGGAAGGAAAUGAGGAAAAAAGAUGGAUAGAACAGAGAAGACAAGUGGAAAGCAGUAGAGUCACAUGCAGUGAAGUAGAAAGGCUAAGGGAAAGAGAAUUACAAAAGGUUGAUGAUAGGGAUACGGAGAGGGAGAGGCAUCUGAGACAGUAUCACCAGCAGCUGCAGCAGUUUAUGCCCUCAUCAGUUUCUUCAUCUGUCCAUCUCUUCUCACCCUCUACAUGUACGUCUUCCUCUAAUCAAGCCUCUCUCUCUUCUUCUGUCUCUCCAUCUUUCUGUUCUUCUCUCCAACACUCUUCCCUUAUGUAUCAUGGUUUGGAAGAGGUUUUAGAUGCGUACCGAGCCAGGGUUGAGGUUAGGACAGAUGGUAACAGAGGACAGUCGUCUUUCUUCCACAGUGGAGAGAUUUGCUUACAAACUGAAACCUCUCCAAGCUGCAAUAAAAAUAAGGAUGAAGUUGGUUGUGGUGACUCAGAUAGCUGUGGUGAAGAUUGGAGGGUAUCUAGGGAGGGAACAGAGGCAAGAUUUGGACAAGACAGGGGUAAACCUGAAAAGAGGUCACUGAAGGCAACAGGAGAAGGACAGGGAAGAGUAAGGAGGGAAGAGUGGAGGCCAGCUGGGAUGGAGGAAGGAGAAGACAGGAGGUGGGCUUGGGUGGCAACAACAGAGACAGAGCAGGCAGACAGGAUGACAGGUGCAGUGCCAGCUGAUGUAGAGGCCUUAGUGUCUUACAACUGUGACUCAGAAGAGAGGAGAGAAGUGGGUAAGGAAGGACUAGAUGCCUCAGAUGUCCCAGCUGAUGGGGUGUGGAGUACUGAGGAGCGAGAAGGAGCUGACAGCUAUGGUUUACUGUCCACCCACAGCGCUAUUGACAGCAACAGCCUCUUUAACCACCCUCCUGUUGAGUCAUCCCAUCAACGAGCUGCAGCAGAACGACCCCUCUCCCCGGCCUGUGGACAGAACGCACUCCUAACCCCUAAUAAAUUCAGUGAUCUUUCCCUUAAGUUAAAACAUACCAGAUGUACUUCAAACAUCCUGCCUCUACUAUUGCAAAAUGCUCAACAGGGAGUGCCAUCAAGCAGCUGUAGAGAGAAGCAACCUUGGUUUGCUGCUCAUGCCAAUAGAACGGAAAUGUCAAAUGCUCAAUCGGCCACACUACCUGUCACUACUCCUAUCACAAAGAAUGGAUGUAAAAUACCAGCUGAGCCCCUUAACAUAUCUAAAAGUCCAGCUUACACUAUGAUACACAACCAUCCAAAGGUCAAAGCCAAAAUGUCUGUUUUACCUCAAGAAGAGACUGCAGAUUCUCUCAGCUACAUCAUGGACCCCCUCAGCAUCUCCUUGCUUCAAGUGGACCAACAGGUCGCCACAGCCUCGUUCCUCAAAGGGGAACAGAGCAACACCUCACCCUGUCCGCUUGAGAAUGAAAGAGCACACGAUGACAGAAGGGAAAUGGAAAAAGAGUGUCUCACAUGUGCGGAGAUGGCAGGGAAAGUUUUAGCAGACGAAGACGUAGAAUUGCGCCUGUCUCUUUUGGAGCUGCCACAAGCAAACACCCACUGCCCUCCCACCCCUGACACCAUAAAAGCUACAAAUCACACUGAGCGAAGAAAAGACGUGUGCUGUGCCACAUACCAUUUUGGAAUAGGUAUGAUGAAGCCUCCUAUCGCUGAGGUUAUGCUGGUCUCUCUCCAGGACGAAGAGAACAAUCAGAAACCCCAAACUACGCCAGCUAUUAAAGUCCUGGGCAGCAGAACGCCUGGAUCCCCACUUAAUCCCUCUGCAUGUGCUUCUGUGCAGACUUCUGUCAAGCAGUCCAUCUCAUCCUCUGUCCAUCAGUGUGGGAACACUGGUUCACCCAGCUCACACAAACUAACAACAAAUGGUGCCACCCAAAUGCCACCAGAAUAUGCACACAAUAUGCAUAACAAACUUGCUUUUUCCAUUUCAUCAACACAGUCAGAAAGUGUCUUGGGCCAGUUAAACACAUUGCAAAAGCAGUGUCACACAGUACAUCUAAACCAUUUCAGCAACUCAAACAUCUCACUCCAACCAAAUGGUCCUAUAGAAUCAAAUACUCAAGAGAGCACCAGCAAUCAGCAAAUAAGACCCAUAAUCCAUCUGUCUAUGCUGAAAGACUUGGAUCAUAGCCAAUGGUGUAUUGUCCAGGCCCAUUGGGAGCAGCUUGAAGAGAUGGAAGCUUUAUGUCGUAAAGAGGGGAUGCUUCUGUGCCAACAACCUGAUAUGGCAUUUAGGGAAUAUGUCAUCAAGCUGGAGGAUAUCAUGGAGAGAAAGGCUCGGUGUGUCCACAGCAUGAUAGCUCAGCUGCAGCCAUAUCUUAAGCCCAGUCGUUCUAACCAAGCCCACAACCAAGAAGAAGAUAAUCACGGUCCAAUUACUUGAGCCUAUAGCAUGGCAUUUACGCAAAGCUGUGCUGUUUAUGAGUGCACAAUAUGUUUUUCACUGAAAACACUAAAUACAGUAUGAGUCAAUAUUAGUAUUUAUUUUAUUUUAUAAAUGUUCAAGUGACUUAAGCUUUAAGAGUUCACUGCUCAUUGGACAAAUAUCACUUAAUGUGUGUGACAUCCAGAGAUGUGUUAAACAAGGGUUCUUGUGGGGAAACCUGCCAAGAGAUGUCUUUGCAUGGAGACAAUAUAUAAUAUAUAAUAUUAUAUAUAUAUGAAUCAGAAGGGAAAAGUAUGUUCAUGCAUUCUGCAGAUGUUUGUGUGUGUGUGUGUGUGUGUGUGUGUGUGUGUGUGUGUGUGUGAAAUAGUUUGAGAGUUUGUUUCUUGUGUGUAGGUGUGGGGUUGUUGUUUUUUUUUCUUCCUAGAUCCUCAGUUCUGUAUAAAUGCUGAUUCAGAUGAAUAUAGUAUAUCAAACAUGUUUUGGAGCAUUUUAGGCCUUUUUUUGUUAGGGCAGCUUAGACAUGAAAGGGAAGAGAGAGGGUGACUGACAUGCAGGUCCGCAGGUCGGAAUUGAACAUGCAGCAGCUGCGGCGAGGACUGAGCCUCUGUACACAGGGCGCACACUCUACCAGGUGAGCUAACCAGGCCCCCAAUAUUAUGAAAUUCUUACAUAUUUAUUAUGUUCAUCUUAGGGUGGAGAUGUACUACUGUGGAAACUUGGAUGACUGGUAUUUAAAAAUCAAAUUAUUUUAAUAGCUGCUAUUAUAUUAUAUUUUAUUUUUCAUUUAACCUAAUCCAGCAGGGCUGUACUUUUGAAAACCCAGUCUUGGUCCAAAUUUGGGAGUUUCUCCUAGUAUCAGACUAAAAGUAAUUUCUCAACUUUGGUCUUGCUUGUUCUUUUCUUGGUCUUAAAAAAAUAACAAUCUUGAUUAUCAUGAUCAUGAGACAUGACCUGAGUAUUGGAUUUUCAGUUUCCCUGGUUUGAGGUCUUUGGAGGAUCUUUGAUCUGAUUAAUUAAUUCUUACUUAAUGAAUGACACUAAACCAAAGAUGCAAAACUAAUAUUUUGCUACCCUACUUCAAACUUGAGCUCAUGUUGUAAACUGAGCUGUUUAAGAUUAGUUACGAAUUUUUUAUUUUAUUUUUUAAAGCAAUGGUGUCUCAGAUUUUGUUGUGCAUGUUUAUUUGGUGUGUUUUUAGUUUUUAGCUAAGUCAUUGAGGCUACUUGUUCUUUGAAACAGUUCUAAGAGUUUAAGAUUUAAUUAAAUUUGCUUGAUGAUCAGA